GGAUAACUCGUUCGCCCGGGACAGGCGCCGUCUCGGUUUCCCGGGCAGGAAAAAGAGGCGCCUGAACGUGGAAGAAGGGCGACGGGAACCGGGCCGGGACGCCGCCGCCGCCGCCGCCGCGCCGGCCUGAAGUACGGAACGAAAACGGGGGAGCGAUAUGGCGUCCUACGUGGAUAAUAACUUCCGCCAGGCGGUCAUGAAAAACCCGGUCGACAGGAGCCCCCAGGAUCUGGAGAUAGUAUAUUCUUAUUUACAUGGAAUGGAAGCUUUGUCUAAUUUAAGAGAACAUCAGCUCAGAAUCAUGUGUGAAACUGUGAGAUAUGAGCGACAUGAAGCCAAUGAAGUUUUAUACUACCCUGAUGAUAUUGGGACCUGUUGGUAUAUUCUUCUGUCUGGUUCAGUAUUUAUCAAAGAAUCAAUGUUUCUUCCAAGGAGCAGUUUUGGGAAACGCUCUGCAGGAAGCUUCAGGCGUGGCUGUGAAUGCAUUGUUCUAGAACCAUCUGAAAUGAUUGUGGUGGAUUACAUGGAUGAAAAUGAAGAGUAUUUCCAGCGACAAGCUUCACAUAGACAAUCUAGAAGGAGAUUUAGAAAAAUCAACCAAAAAGGAGAAAGACAAACAAUUAUUGAUACUGUGGAUGCUUAUCCUGUAGGGAAACCACCCUUACCUAGAGGUUAUCAUACGGAAUGCACUAAACAGCAGCUACCUGCAGAUUUUACAAAACUGCACCUCACUGACAGUCUCCAUCCACAGGUGACCCACGUUUCAUCUAGUCAUUCAGGAUGUAGUAUCACCAGUGACUCUGGCAGCAGCAGUCUAUCUGAUAUCUAUCAGGCCACAGAAAGUGAAGCUGGUGACAUGGACCUGAGUGGAUUACCAGAAACAGCAGUAGAUUCUGAGGAUGAUGACGAUGAAGAAGAUAUUGAGAGGGCUUCUGAUCCUUUGAUGAGCAGAGAUAUUGUUAGAGACUGUCUAGAAAAAGAUCCAAUAGACAGGACAGAUGAUGAUAUUGAACAACUCUUGGAAUUCAUGCAUCAGUUACCUGCUUUUGCUAACAUGACUAUGUCAGUGAGAAGAGAACUCUGUGCUGUGAUGGUAUUUGCAGUUGUAGAAAGGGCAGGAACCAUUGUUCUAAAUGAUGGAGAAGAACUUGAUUCCUGGUCUGUUAUUUUGAAUGGUUCUGUAGAAGUAACAUAUCCAGAUGGAAGAACAGAAAUAUUAUGCAUGGGAAACAGUUUCGGUGUUUCUCCUACUAUGGACAAAGAAUAUAUGAAAGGAAUCAUGAGAACCAAAGUGGAUGACUGCCAGUUUGUAUGUAUAGCCCAACAAGAUUACUGUCGCAUACUGAACCAAGUAGAAAAGAACAUGCAAAAGGUAGAAGAGGAAGGAGAGAUUGUUAUGGUAAAAGAGCAUAGGGAAUUGGAUCGCACUGGAACAAGAAAAGGUCACAUUGUUAUUAAGGGAACACCGGAAAGAUUAACAAUGCAUUUAGUCGAAGAGCAUUCAGUAGUGGAUCCAACUUACAUAGAAGAUUUCCUAUUGACAUAUAGAACUUUCCUUUCAAGCCCAAUGGAAGUGGGAAAAAAGUUAUUGGAGUGGUUUAAUGAUCCUAGCCUCAGGGAUAAGGUUACACGGGUAGUUUUAUUGUGGGUGAACAAUCACUUCAAUGAUUUUGAGGGAGACCCUGCAAUGACUCGUUUUCUGGAGGAAUUUGAGAACAAUUUGGAAAGAGAGAAAAUGGGUGGACAUCUGAGGCUGUUAAAUAUUGCAUGUGCUGCUAAAGCUAAACGAAGGAUGAUAACAUUAACCAAGCCAUCUCGGGAAGCUCCUUUGCCUUUCUUAUUACUAGGAGGCUCUGAAAAGGGAUUUGGAAUCUUUGUUGACAGUGUCGAUUUGGGUAGCAAAGCUACUGAAGCAGGGUUGAAACGUGGAGAUCAGAUAUUGGAGGUGAAUGGCCAGAACUUUGAAAAUAUUCAGCUAGCAAAAGCCAUGGAAAUUCUUCAAAAUAAUACCCAUUUAUCUAUCACUGUGAAAACAAACUUAUUUGUUUUUAAAGAACUUCUGGCAAGAUUGUCUGAGGACAAAAGAAAUGGUGCUCCUCAUCUUCCUAAAAUUGGUGAUAUUAAAAAAGCAAGCCGUUACUCCAUCCCAGAUCUUGCAGUUGAUGUGGAACAGGUGAUGGGCUUGGAAAAAGUAACAAAGAAAAGCAAAGCCAACACUGUUGGAGGAAGAAACAAGUUAAAGAAAAUACUGGACAAAACCCGCAUCAGUAUCCUGCCUCAGAAACCAUACAAUGAUAUUGGAAUUGGUCAAUCUCAGGAUGAUAGCAUUGUAGGUUUAAGGCAGACCAAGCACAUUCCACCUGCUCUACCUGUCAGUGGAACACUGUCAUCAAGUAAUCCUGAUUUAUUGCAAUCACAUCAUCGAAUCUUAGAUUUCAAUACAACCCCGGAUUUACCAGAUCAGGUACUACGAGUUUUUAAAGCAGAUCAGCAAAGUCGCUAUAUUAUGAUAAGCAAGGACACAACUGCAAAAGAAGUAGUUGUUCAAGCUAUUCGUGAGUUUGCUUUAACCACCACCCCAGAUGCUUAUUCUUUAUGUGAGGUCUCUGUCACUCCAGAGGGUGUCAUUAAGCAGCGGAGACUUCCAGAUCAACUCUCCAAACUUGCGGACAGAAUACAGCUUAGUGGAAGGUAUUAUCUGAAAAAUAACAUGGAGACAGAAACUUUGUGUUCAGAUGAAGAUGCUCAGGAAUUGCUAAGAGAGAGCCAAAUUUCUCUACUGCAGCUCAGCACUAUAGAGGUGGCUACCCAACUCUCCAUGCGUAAUUUUGAACUGUUCCGCAACAUUGAACCUACAGAGUACAUAGACGAUUUAUUUAAACUGAAAUCUAAAUUAAACUGUGCUAAUUUAAAAAAGUUUGAAGAAGUAAUAAACCAAGAAACCUUUUGGGUAGCAUCUGAGAUUUUGCGAGAAACCAACCAACUGAAAAGGAUGAAGAUAAUUAAGCACUUCAUUAAGAUAGCUCUGCACUGCAGAGAAUGCAAGAACUUUAACUCAAUGUUUGCAAUAAUAAGUGGUCUGAAUUUAGCUCCGGUUGCAAGAUUACGAACCACGUGGGAAAAACUUCCAAGCAAAUACGAGAAAUUGUUUCAAGAUCUUCAGGACUUAUUUGAUCCAUCUAGAAACAUGGCAAAAUACCGCAAUGUCUUGAAUAGCCAAAAUCUACAGCCGCCCAUUAUUCCAUUGUUCCCUGUAAUAAAAAAGGAUCUUACAUUUCUUCAUGAAGGAAAUGAUUCCAAAGUGGAAGGUUUGGUGAAUUUUGAGAAACUAAGAAUGAUUGCAAAAGAGAUCCGCCAUGUGGGCCGAAUGGCUUCUGUUAAUAUGGAUCCUGCUUUAAUGUUCAGGACUCGGAAGAAGAAAUGGAGGAGUCUGGGGUCUCUUAGCCAAGGCAGUACAAACACAGCAGUACUUGAUGUCGCACAAACAGGUGGACACAAAAAACGGGUGCGUCGCAGCUCAUUUCUUAAUGCCAAAAAGCUGUAUGAAGAUGCCCAGAUGGCUCGAAAAGUCAAGCAGUAUCUCUCUAACCUAGACUUAGAAAUGGAUGAAGAAAGUCUUCAGGCACUGUCCUUGCAGUGUGAACCAGCCAGCAAUACACUACCCAAAACUCCAGGGGACAAACGGUCUGGAAAAGCUGAAACGUCCCCAGUAACACAUCGGUCAGGGAUGCAACAGAAGACUCAGCAGCAGCAACAGUCCAAAGCAAACCAGGUUUUACAGGUUCCUGCUGUAUCACUUUAUCCUUCUCGUAAGAAAGUACCAGUAAAAGAUCUCCCACCAUUUGGCAUAAACUCCCCACAAGCUUUAAAGAAAAUUCUUUCACUCUCUGAAGAAGGAAGUUUGGACCGCCACAAGAAGCAAGCAGAAGACACAAUUUCAAAUGCUUCUUCACAAUUAUCUUCUCCUCCCACCUCACCCCAGAGCUCUCCAAGAAAAUGUUACAUGCUGGCUCCUAGUGGCACAGUGGAUAACUUUUCCGACUCUGGUCACAGUGAAAUUUCUUCCCGGUCUAGCAUUGUCAGCAAUUCUUCUUUUGACUCCAUGUCUCUACAAGAUGAAAGAAGACAGAGGCAUUCAGUCAGCAUUGUCGAGACUAAUCUUGGAGUGGGCAGGAUUGAAAGAAGAGCCAUGGUUGAACCGGAUCAGUACAGUUUAGGCUCCUAUGCAGCACUGUCAGAAAACAGAGGGUUCUAUGCUGCAGCAACCAUGCUUUCUUCUCCCAGUACGGAAGAGCUAUCCCAGGAUCAGGGAGAUCGAGCGUCACUUGAUGCAGCAGACAGUGGCCGAGGGAGUUGGACUUCUUGCUCAAGCGGUUCCCAUGACAACAUACAGACAAUACAACAUCAGCGAAGUUGGGAAACUCUGCCUUUUGGACACGUUCAUUUUGAUAAUUCAGGCGAUGGGGCAGGACUGUGGGCCUCAGGCAGUCACAUGGACCCCUUGAUGUUCUCCGAUCAUGGCACAAAAUAUGCCAGGCAGAGUCAAGGGAGGGAGGGCCUUGAUCAAGCACAGUCCAGAGCAAGCUGGGCAUCCUCCACAGGAUACUGGGGAGAGGACUCUGAAGGUGAUACAGGUACCAUAAAACGGAGGGGUGGGAAAGAUGUAUCAAGUGAAGCUGAAUCCAGCAGCAUAACGUCUAUGACAACAGAGGACUCAAAACCAGUUGCUAUGCCAGCUCACAUAGCUAUGCCAACAAGUAACGCAAAGGGUCUUAUUGCUCGAAAAGAGGGUCGCUAUCGUGAACCACCACCCACCCCUCCGGGUUAUGUAGGAAUACCUAUUGAUUUUGCGGAAGGAAUUUCUCAUCCAGCCCGAAAACCUCCAGAUUACAACGUAGCACUUCAGAGGUCGAGGAUGGUGGCACGGUCUAAUGAAGCCCCUGGGAUUUCAGCUUCACCUUCACAGCAGCAGUCACAGGGUCAUUCCUCUAUCAGGCCUGUUAACAAACCUCAGUGGCAUAAACCAAACGAGUCAGACCCACAUCUUGCUCAUUAUCAGUCUCAAGGGUUUUCCACAGAGGAGGAUGAAGAUGAGCAAGUCUCUGCCGUCUAAGAAUUGGAGCUUUCGGGAUUCCAAGUAAGCCAACUUUAAGGAGAGCACAAGAUGACAUCCCUAAUAUAGGAGCCUUGGAACAUUAAUUAAAGGAUGGUGGACCUGUGCCUCCUUCCCUGCCUUAAAGCAGCAUGGGCUUCUUCUCCCCUUCUUCCCUCCACCCUUUCCUCCCUUGCAUGUGAAAUACUGUGAAGAAAUUGCCCUGGCACUUUUCAAACUGUGUUGCUUGAAAUGCGCAGUGCAGCAUUCUCUCAGCUAUCACUGUCGCUGUCUACCACAUCACACAGUAUCAUUCCAAAUUCCAAGAUCAACUCAUAACUCUGACUGCACUCUCCCAUGCCUGGAAGCAUUUUAAAUUCUUUUUCCUAUCUUAAUCAUGAUCCUAGCACUUCACUUGAUUGAUGAAGAGAUCAACUAGUGGACAAAUACAUUUGGCCUUUAUAAAGAAAGAAAUGUAUUGAAAUCCUUCAAGUACCCAGUGCUUGUUUCUUGUUUACAAUGCCUUUGUUGCUACUCUAUAUAUAUAUAUAUAUUGUAUUUGGAGAGGGAUAAAAGGUUACACCUGCGUUAACUACAGUAUUAUUUUGUAUUAUUUAAGAAAGUUUGCUAGCCUGGACUACUUUUUUUUUGUUUCAAGUGAUGAUGUGGUUAGCUAAAAAUGGCAUGGUUUAUAGGAAGGAUUCAGCCUUUCAAGCUUUGUUUUUAGUGUUCCACUCAAAACACAGUUGAUUAAUUUCAGAAUUGUUGGUUUUGUUGCUUUGCAUCUCUAAUGGUGUGAUUCUAUUGACUCUUGCAAAUAAUCUGUGAAGAAAGUUAGUGUCCUUUUCCUGUGCCUUAAGGAAUACAGGA